AUGACAACUAGCCAAGCUUAUCAUGACAAUGAUAUUAUUAGGUUUAUACUUUAUAUUUCUUGGAAACAUCCUCCUCUUGGGGUUUUGAAGGCCAACUGUGAUGGUUCAUUCAAUCCUGAAACAAAAAGGGGAGGCCUGGGUUUUGUCAUCCAUGAUUCAUCUGGAACAUUGAUAGCUGGAGGGGUUAGACCUCUUAAUAAUUUGCUCUCAGCUGAGCAUGCUGAAGUGUUGGCUUGUCAAGCUGCAUUGGAAUUUGUGAGAAGUCGUAACAUGAUGCCUGUAAUCUUAGAAACAGAUUCUAGUUUGGUGCAACGUCAAGUUGCAAGUCGAGCUACAAGGAAUACUUCCUUAUUGGGAAGAAUUUAUGAUGACAUUGUGGAGGCUUUACGUUUCUACCCAAAUGUGAGCAUAUUACAUACUAGGAGGGAGGCCAACCUGGUGGCUCAUCUCAUAGCUGAUCAUGCCAAGUCCUUACAGUAUGAGAGUUUUUUCUUUUCUACUCCCACCUUUCUUAUGGCUGCAGUUGCAGCUGAAUGUCAUGCUUUGUAA